AUGGCGUUCCCUGAAGAUGUCCUGCACCCAUUGCACAUGUCCCCUCGUGCCCGGCCAACUCCUCGGCUUGUCCUAAGCUCUUGGGUCCUCAUCCCCAGGAACCCUUCUCUGAGUCUCCUGAGCCUGGCAGCCUUCCGGGCUACAGGGACCCUGCAGUGUUUUAUUGAUCUCUGUGCCUGUGGUGCCAGGCAGAGUGCCCAGUACACAGAAGCUCAUACCACGUGUGUAACCAACCUGAGCUGGCUGAGUUACGGGGCCUUGAAGGGUGACGGGACCCUAAUCUUCGUCAACGCCACGGGCGCUGUGCUUCAGACCCUGUAUAUCUCGGUGUAUCUGCACUACUGCCCUCGGAAGCGUCCCAUGCUCCUACAGACCGCGACCCUGCUGGGGGUCCUUGUCCUGGGUUUCGGCUACUUUUGGCUCCUGGUGCCCAGCCCGGAGGCCCGGCUUCAGCAGCUGGGUCUCUUCUGCAGUACCUUCACCAUCAGUAUGUACCUGUCACCACUGGCCGACUUGGCCAAGGUCAUUCAGACUAAAUCAACCCAACGCCUCUCCUUCUCACUCACCAUUGCCACCCUCCUCACCUCUGCCUCCUGGACCCUCUAUGGGUUUCAGCUACGCGACCCCUACAUCAUGGUGCCCAACCUUCCGGGGAUCCUCACCAGCUUCAUUCGCCUCUGGCUUUUCUGGAAGUACUCCCAGGGGCAAGACAGGAACUAUCCGCUCCUGCAAACCUGA